CGAUUUUCUAGACCACGUGCUUAUUAUUUUAUUUUACGUAUAGUAUAAAGUAUUGAAUCAUAAAUUAAAAUUAUGGCACGUUUGGCAUUAUUUAUUUCUGCAAUAUUGUUAUUUCUUUCCACCAGAGUGAAUUUGUUGCCAAAUCAAGAAACCCAGGGAGGAAAAAUGUCCGUCUACGUGGUGGCAGCGUCACCGUCCCCAUCCAUGCUCAUAGGCAGUUUUCGUAAAAUAAACCAUAAAAGUUCUUUAUUUAAAACAAUCACAAGUUAUUUAAAGUUGGAAAAAAAUAAUCCUAGCUUACAAAAGAACUAUUAUAAAGUUCGCCGCGACACUUCAACGGUCUCACGGCUUCCUGAAACACAUUUUAAUAAGAUUAGAAAUAUGCCAAGUACUGUGAUGAAAUUUAAAUACCCAGAAGCACGCCGAGACACAACGGUCGUCGACAAUUAUCAUGGAGUUGAGAUCCCUGAUCCCUAUCGGUGGCUUGAGGAUCCAGACUCUGAGGAAACUAAAGCUUUCGUCGAGGCCCAAAAUGCAAUUACUACGCCCUACUUGGCCUCAUGUCCUGCGAAGGAAGCUAUACAUGAUCGUUUGAAACAGCUCUGGGACUUUCCAAAGUAUUCCUGUCCGACUAGGCAUGGAAAUAAAUACUAUUUCUACAAAAACACAGGCCUUCAAAACCAAAGUGUUCUGUACGUGCAAGAUAGUUUGAAUGGAGAACCAAAAGUAUUUUUAGAUCCUAAUGCAUUAUCCGAUGAUGGAACCAUUUCUAUUGCCCAGAGUAAAUUCAGCGAGGAUGGCAAUAUCUUUGCCUACGGACUGUCGGCCAGCGGAUCCGAUUGGAAUACAAUUCAUUUUAUGAAUACAAAAACUGGUGAGAAGUACUCCGAAGUUCUGGAACAAGUAAGAUAUUCUUCCAUAAGUUGGACACACGACAACCUCGGAAUUUUCUACGGUCGUUAUCCGGAUCAGAAAAGUACCGAUGGAUCAGAAACAAACUCGAAUGAGAAUCAAAAAUUGUUUUAUCACAGGAUCGGUACUCCCCAGUCAGAGGAUGUUCUUGUUGUUGAAUUUCCCGAAAAUCCUCUCUGGAGAAUAAAUGCUGAAGUAUCAGACUGUGGCAAGUGGCUGAUUGUUACACCAAUGAAAGACUGCAAUGAUAAUCUAGUGUUCUUCACUGAAUUAAAACCUGGUGCGGAAAUUAAGGGUAAAUUGAAUUUGACCCCAAUUGUGGAAAAAAUGGAGGCAGACUAUGAUUACAUAACAAACGAUGGUACAAAGGCAAUAUUCCGAACGAAUAAAAAUGCGCCUAAUUAUAAGCUGAUAGCCAUAGACUUACUGAACUUCGCGGAGGACAAGUGGACUGAUUUGUUGCCCGAGCAUUCUCAUAAUGUUCUGGAUUGGGCGAUGGCUGUAGAUACUGAUAAAUUUGUUGUUAGUUACAUCCAGGAUGUUAAGGAUGUUCUGCAAUUGCAUAGCUUAAAAUCCGGGGAAUUGGUCAGAACUUUUCCACUUGAUGUUGGAACUGUCGCAGGAUUUUCUGGCGAUAAAAAGUACUCGGAGAUAUUCUACCAGUUCACGUCGUUCUUGACACCAGGAAUCAUAUACACGAUGGAUCUCAAGAAAGAUGAUGCUCCCAAGGUGCAUCGGGAGAUCAAGGUAGAUGACUUCAACCCUAAUUUGUACAAGACUAUUCAAGUUUUUUACACCAGUAAAGAUGGUACGAAAGUGCCCAUGUUCAUCGUCAUGAAAGAGGACGCUAAACUCGACGGCUCAAUGCCAGCCUUACUUUAUGGAUACGGUGGAUUCAAUAUCAGCAGUCAGCCAACUUUCAGUGUUUCGAGACUAGUGUUCAUUCAGCACAUGAAUGGAGUUUUAGCAAUUGCAAAUAUUCGUGGAGGCGGAGAAUACGGUGAAAAAUGGCACAACGCAGGAAAGAUUUUCAAAAAGCAAAACAGCUAUGAUGAUUUCCAAAGCGCGGCUGAAUACUUAAUCGAGAAUGGAUACACGAGCAAGAAGAAGCUCACGAUUCAAGGAGGCAGCAACGGAGGUCUUUUGGUCGGUGCUUGUAUGAAUCAAAGACCAGAUCUUUUCGCUGCUGUGAUUGCUCAAGUUGGAGUGAUGGACAUGCUGAGAUUCCAUAAAUUCACGGCUGGAUAUUCAUGGGUCUCAGAUUACGGAAGUUCAGAUGAUGAGAAACAGUUCCAGAAUCUUCUCAAGAUUUCUCCACUUCACAAUGUGAAACCGCCGAAAGACGGAGGACAAUAUCCAGCAACCUUGUUGCUUUCGGCCGACCAUGAUGAUCGUGUUGUUCCUCUUCACACCUUGAAAUUCAUAGCCACACUCCAGCACGAAUUGGGAAAUUUACCGCAGCAAACUAAUCCUCUGCUUGCGAGAAUAGACACUAAAGCUGGACAUGGACGUGGAAAAUCUACCUCUAAAUUGAUCGAGGAAUAUAGCGACAUCUUAACAUUCAUCGUAAAAUCGUUAGACUUGGAAUUCAAGUCUUAGGUUUUCAAUUCCGGCAAAUGACGAUCUAGAAAUUAAAUAACGUCAUUUGUUUAAAACAAUUUUUCUACAUUUCAAGUGUGGUAAUCGACGUUGAAUAUUGAAUAUAAGUUUGUGUCGUUUUGAUAGACUUAUAACUAUGCAAAAGAAUUUGUAUGGUUUUAUUA